AUGGCCUGGCCAAGCCUUGAUCCUGAUGCGAUGGAUGCAGUUGGUGAGACGAGACUUUUUGCAACUGGCGAUGUCAUCGACCAAGCAGAACCUUCACAUCAAAGACAGGAAAACACUCGACUAGGGACCUACGAGGACGACAAUUCAGGCGAGCAGGGACUGUCACAGGCCGAGGCCAAGAUCGCGGCAUCCGUCAUGACCCGCACAUACACGUAA